GCUUCUUCCUGUUUGCUGUUUCCUGUUUGAUGAAUUUCAAAAUAAACUGGGGUCUGAGGUCUCGUGUGGUACUUGUGUUUUAAGUGGUGAUUUGUAUGUAAUUUAUAAUUUAUAAUGUACUUUUGAUAAAACUAAAGUCAUUUUCAUCGUAGGUUUUGAUUAUAUUCUUAUUCAAAAUGCUAGUUUUAUUUGAAACGCCGGCAGGCUAUGCAUUUUUCAAGUUACUCGACAAAAAAGCGAUAGAAAAGACAGAUAAUCUUUACAAAGAUUUCGCCACGCCUGAACAAGCUAGCAAAAUAGUCAAGCUCAAACAUUUCGAGAGCUUUGCAAAUACCGCUGAAGCAUUAGAAGCUACCACAGCGGUAUUGGAAGGGAAAGUCACUAAGAAACUGCGCAAGGUUUUGAAGAAAGUGUUGGGUGAUGCGACCGAUGAGCUGCUAGUAUCUGAUGCGAAACUCGGCGGUGCCAUAAAGGAGAAGUUGAAUCUGUCCUGUGUGACGAACACGGCGGUCAGUGAGUUGAUGCGAUGCAUUCGCUCGCAGACGGACGCGCUCCUCGCUGAAACCGAGAAAAAGGAUUUGAGUGCCAUGAAACUAGGUUUGGCCCACAGCUUAUCAAGGUACAAAUUGAAAUUUAGUGCUGAUAAAGUGGAUACAAUGAUCGUUCAAGCUAUAUGCCUCCUUGACGAACUCGACAAGGAGUUGAACAACUAUAUUAUGAGAUGCCGGGAAUGGUAUGGGUGGCAUUUCCCUGAACUUGGGAAAAUCAUUACUGAUAAUUUAGCUUUCGUCAAGGUGGUAAAGCUAAUAGGAACGCGAGAAAACGUGAAAAAUACCGACCUUUCUGAUAUUCUGCCUGAUGACAUUGAAGAACAGGUGAAAGCAGCGGCUGAGAUUUCGAUGGGCACAGAAAUAGCAGAUGACGAUAUAGUAAACAUUCAAAACCUCUGCGACCAGGUCAUCGAAAUAUCUUCAUACCGAACUGAACUCUACGAAUACUUGAAAGCAAGAAUGAUGGCAAUUGCUCCAAAUCUCACCGUUCUAAUGGGCGAACUGAUUGGCGCCAGACUCAUUUCUCAAGCUGGAUCUUUAAUAAAUUUGGCGAAACACCCAGCUUCUACUGUGCAGAUUCUUGGUGCUGAGAAAGCUCUGUUCAGAGCUUUGAAAACCAAAAAAGAUACACCCAAGUAUGGUUUGAUAUACCAUUCGCAAAUCGUUGCCCAGAGCAGUGCUAAGAACAAGGGAAAGGCUUCUCGAAUGUUGGCUGCGAAGGCAGCUUUGGCGUCCAGGGUUGACGCCCUGGGUGAGGGGACGUCGAUGGACCUGGGAACCGAACACAGAGCCAAACUGGAGACCAGGUUGAGAUUGCUGGAAGAGGGCAAUCUGCGCAGGAUUUCUGGCACAGCCAAGGCUAAGGCCAAAUUCGAAAAGUAUCACGGAAAGAGUGAGGUUAAACAGUAUCCUUCAGCAGCCGACUCCACUAUGGGAAAGAGAAAGUUGAUUGAGGACAUAACUCCCGAUGCCCCGAAAAAGAAGAAGAUCAAAACUGAAUCUGGUGAAGAGGUUGAGAUAAAACAAGAAGAAGAAGAGGGUGAGCAAAGACCAGGUGGAGAAGAAUCAGCAAAGAAGAAGAAGAAAAAGAAGAAAUCGCUCUCUGAAGAAGGUGCUAUUGAUGCAAGUGUCGAGGUUGAACCUGUACAAGAAGAAGGAGGCUCGCCGAAGAAAAAGAAAAAGAAGAACAAGAAGAUCAAAGAAGAACCGACAGAAUAAUCUUGUAGGAAUAUUUUUGCAGAUUCCUAUGUAUCAUAUUUUAUCUAUAUUUUUUCUGUAUGAGAAAACUUUUUACAUUAGAAGUGACAUUACAUUAGAUAAGUGAACUGAAUUUUUUUUUACUUCAAGAACAAUACUGUUUACAUUCUCAUUUUUUCUUGAAAGAUUUAAACUUAAAAAUGUAAAUGUAUAAAUAGAAAUACAAAUCUCAGUACCCUUUUUGACUUGAAAAUGGCAUGAAUGUCUGUCAGAUACAUGUUGUGAUAAAAUAAUUCAAAAAGGGUACUGAGAUUUGUAUUUCUAUUUAUAUAAACAGAAAAGAGACAAUGUAAAUGUAAUAUGUAAACUCACGCUGAAAUGUAAAAGAUACAUUUUAGUGGGUUGAUUACUAGACCGUACUAACGUGCAAGACGUUUGAAAACACAUUUCGAAAAUGAUCAUGUUCUUUCUUAAAAUGUGGAUAAAUGAGAAUGUCGUUCAUAUAAACAAAGCAAAACUCUUAACCACGUAAAACUUCGUUCAUGGAUAUUUGGAAACGUUGUCCAGCAUCUGGAAGUUCAAAAGUAAUGAAUGGAAAUUCGAAGAGGCAAACUUGUGUAACUAUUGCAGUUUUACCAAUAUCUCCUUGACUGGUGUUUGUUGACAAGCCUUGUCUUGGUCGAUCUUCGAAAAUAUGUUACAUCCUUCGAUAAAAUGAGUGGCAUCUUGAAUGUGACUUACAAUAUAACAAUCUGGAAUUGUUUCAAUAAUCGCACCUGCAAGAAUCGCCACGGACACAAUGAUGAGUCACUUCCUGGUGCUAAUUGUAAUGAAGACGAAGGACGAGCUGUUGCAGAUUUAACAUGUCAUCAAAUUCUUUUCGAACAAUUUUCAACUUUUCGGGACAUAACCGGCAAUCUUUACUUGUAACUUGUUGGUCCAGGAUUCGUUGUGAAUUUGAUGAUCAGUCUCAUGUUUUAUAUCUUGCGGUAAACCAGAUGGGCGAGCUACCUCUGAAAACUCAAAAAAAGAGAGUAGAAUAGAUUUAAGAAUCUUGAAUUGUUUUAAUGUUUUCCUGUGGAAGGAAUUGAGCCUUAAGCUUCAAGGUUCAAGUUAAGACUAAGCCUGAAGCUUCAAGUCCGAUAGAAGCAUCGGGUAGAUCUUCUGGGUGUCACCCCGUCAGGAUGACACCUCUGAAACCGGUUCUUGGAGGUGACCGGUUGACGCCGACAAAUUGUCUCCUCUCUAAGGGGGUGACAUGCUGACGGGGGGACGCGAGCGAGCAGGUGAAACUGUGUCGUGCACGGCAACGAGAAGAUGUCCCCAAGAUUCCAAUAGGAGCCAUACAAAAGAGUUGCCAAGACUAAUGUUUUCAUUCAAUCUCAAAGUUUGAAAGGGGUACGCAACUUGGGUCUACUUAGUAUUCACUAACUGGAGAUUAAUACAAGAAAAAACAUCUAAUUAGACAAGAAUUGUAGGGAAUUUUAUUCUCUUCAAGCUUCUUUGUCUCAAAUUCAAAUUUGACCAUUGCGUUUGAUUGAAAAGUGUCGACCACGACAGGGUGAGGAUCUCAGAUUGGGUGGAUUUCAAUCUGUCUAAAUAGCCUAAAAUAUGUUUUAAUUUUGUUUUAAUAGGUGAGGUUUAGUUUAUACUUGUUUUACUUUCAAAUGGCAUAAUGAUGAUAUUAGAAAUGUUUGAUUCUUGAAUAAUAAACACAAAUAAUGAAAAGUUAUUUGAUCAGCUUUAAAGUUUAAGCACACUUGAAAUUUGGACAAUAUGAAUGUCAACAAUGCUUGUCGUCGUCGACUGCGGAAAUUUACGCACAAACGAAAAUACACCUUAAGAAGGUGACAUGCUGACGCAAGCGAGCAAGGUGAUACUCUGUCGUGUACGGUCCGACAGGAUGGAACCUGCCAUUCCAGUAGGUAACAUGCUGUCGGGGGGACAACUUUACGGUAGCGAUAAUUUUCUCAAGGAGAUACAGCUUAUAAUCUGUCUGUCGCCUGUGCUCAAAAUGUUGAGAUGACAAGUAGACGUGAUUACUACACCCUGUGGCGUACCCGAAGCAUCAAUUAUGUGUUUUGUGCGAAAUGAAUAUUAGUUUUUAUUUUCUACAUUCAAUUUAUUUUCAUUAUAAAACAACUUCUAGUUUGAAAAGGGUACUGUGAUUGUUAAUUGUUAUGUAUAUGAGAACAGCUUUUACAUUAGAAAGUAGUGUAACAAUAAGUGAAGUGAAUAUGUUUUUCUCCGAUAACAAAACUAUACUGAAAGUUUGUUGUUACGGCAUUCAUAAAUACUGAAUGUAUGCUAACACGACGUCACAUGUUCAAUAGCUAACUAAAAAUACUGUACUAGUGUAUAGUUUGAUAAAAAAUAUGGUCGAUUUCCAUCAUCAUUUUGAAAGUGAAACUAUUCUAGUUUUAGAAAGUUUUGAUGGGGUUUCUAGAAUUUUCACCCUUUCAGCUCUCAAUCAUGUUUGAAUCAAAUUGUUGAUGUGUUGUUUUCUUUCAACUGUAUAAUAAUCUAUUUACUUAGAUCGGCUUAUUAAUUUUGACUGAUGGUUUAAUUUUGGGGAAAUUCCCAAGAGAUUUUUAAAGAUUUAUACUAGAGAUCGAAAUCAAAUGAAACAGAUAAUAAAUAGUGAGACAGAAUGAUGUUGAUUGUCAAGAAAAUUAUUUUUCAAUAAUAGCCAUCAUGUUUGUAAAUAAUAUCAAUGCCUAUGUUUUUAUUUGGUACUUUCAGUUUUUAUUAUGAAAAUUAUAAAGUUUAGCAUAUUUA